CAAUCUCUUCUGCAUUCUGCUGGAGCUUGAUAAAUCAGUUGACAGUUUGGUAAUCUCAACACCAGUUUCCUUCAUCAGCGAAAACUUUUUUGCUACACUAUCAGCAUGAACAAAUUAGUGUGUGGGAUCCUCGCAGUGGCUCUGUACUUUGUUGUGGCUGAGUCCUUGACCUGUAACAACUGCAAGGUAGGAAUUCUGGGGAAAUGCCUGAUCUCGACUACAACGACUUGUUCAGCGGCCCAACCCAACUGCUACACUGGAAAAGCAGCAUUCCCCAACAUCACUGACUUCCUGGGCUUCUACACCAAGGGCUGCCUGGACACAGCCUCCUGCAACCAGACCAUGAAUGGCAGCAUCCUGGGGGCGUCCUACACGGUGACCCGUUCUUGCUGCAGCACCGACAACUGCACGCCAGCCAACAGCGCCGGCACCGUCCAUCUCUCACUGACCACUGGCGCCAUCCUGCUGGCCUCUGUCUGGAAUAGCCUGAGGUGCUGAACCAUUUGCACAAUGCCUUAAGCAUAUGACAGCCUUUCUAUAUAUAAUACAUAUAUUAUACAAUAUUAUCUAUAUAUAAUACUAUAUACCACCUUUCUCUUAAGACUAGUUUACAUCAAAGCUGAUGACUGUCGAUGAAGCUGAUAACAAAAAGAGCCCUUAACAAGACCUGUGUAUAGGUAGUUAGGAAUGUUAGGAGGUCAUGAUGUGAUGCUUCUCUUGGCCUGAUACUACACUUAGAAUCUUGAAGACUAGUCUGGAAACCCUGAGCCAAUCUAACACAUGAUGGAGUGAUCCACAAGUUGCAAACAACAUGUAGGACAGAUGAUAAAAAAGAGCAACUGGUGGAGCCUGCCUGAAACCCCUACAUGCAACUCCAGAGUUUUACACACCAUACCGCAAAAUAUUAUCUGAAACCAAUGAAAAGUCGCAGGUAGAUCUGACUGUGACUUCCAAGUGUUAUGUCACAUAUUGCAAACUAGCUAUCAAAACAGAACUGCGCCACAGUUUGAAGAACAGAUUAGUGGCAAUUAUAUACAGAUAUAUAUUAGGCAUAUCAGUGCUCUGGAGUGUUGACUUUGUUCUUCUGAGGCAGACUGAGGACAAGGGCCCAUCAGGACUGUGUGUCAACUGUCUGCUUUGAUGUAUACAAAUGUUCCCUGAAAUGUGUUCCCUGAAAAAAACAAGGUGUAGGGUACAUUGAUUUACUGCUCUGAUUUCACACAGAGUAAGGUAUCAUGGUAGGACGCUGACUGCCCUGAUUUACUUAUUCCUCUAUCUUAUCUCAAAAACUGUCAACACGGGUUCUCCAUCACAAAAAUGAUCUACAGUUUCGUUCAAGACAUUAUCUUUACCGUUGGUGCAGUUACACUGGCAGACAUACCAUGCAGAUUCCAUUCAGGAGUCAUUCGCUUGACGUAAACUGGCGUAUUUGUGCUUGUGUGCUUGAGCAAUAUCUAAUGCUCUGUAUGUCUGCUUAAGGCAUGUGUAAUAAAAAUAAAUCAUAACAAUAAUAAUUAUGGGUUAUCAUGUAGGCAAAAUGAAAGUAAAGCUGAAGAAUGGAAGAAUAUGAUUUUAUUGUUUCCCUGUUCUUUGUUCCAUCCUGUUCCACCAAUAAUAAAUACUAUUCCAACAGUUA